CCUGCUCUUGAGGGCCUUUAUUCCGUCCACGAUGAGCUCGGAUCAGGAGGUUUCGGCAAGGUCAAAUUAGCAACACAUUUACUAACUGGUCUCAAAGUUGCCAUUAAAAUUAUUGACAAAAAAGCAAUUGGCGAUGAUCUGCCAAGAGUUACAACCGAGCUCGACGCUCUUAAAACACUAUCACAUCAGAAUAUUUGUCGGCUAUAUCAGUUUAUUGAUACUGAAGAUAAAUUCUUCAUUAUCAUGGAGUACUGUAGUGGAGGAGAGAUGUUCGACUAUAUCGUACGAAAAGAGCGCCUUGAAGAAUCUGAAGCUCGCCAUUUUUUCCGUCAACUUGUACAGGCUAUGGCGUAUGUGCAUUCGAUGGGUUAUGCUCACAGGGAUCUUAAACCGGAGAAUCUGCUAUUGACAGAAGAUUUGCAUCUCAAAGUGAUUGAUUUCGGUUUAUGUGCGAAACCAUGUUCACUUUCACGACCGCUUGAUACCUGUUGUGGUUCGCCUGCAUAUGCUGCUCCUGAACUUAUUGCGAUCCCGCAGCUGUCACUGGGAUAA